CAACUAGUGCAGUGUGGCAGAUAUGUAUCGGAAGGCAUGGCAAGAGGACAAAAACGUUGAAUGUGCUAUAACCUUUUUUGACAUUGAACGGCAGAAACGGCAACAGCAACAAAAAGAAAAGUAGGAAUAAGCUUUGCACAGAUCUGUGGCGGUGACCAUAAUAGAACAAGCGUAGCAAAUUGUAGGAAACAAAAAGUUGGUUAAAGAUUUCAGUAAACGACAGGCAGAUGGACGAACAAUAAAAUUGAAAAAAAGACGUAUUGUACAUGGAAAUAUAUGAAAGCGGUACCUUAGUAUUUCUAACCGAAAGUUGAUUUUAUCUAUGAAUAAUACCCUUGCUGUGCAUAUCUAAGCAGACCUCUUUUUAAUAAAAGAAAAUAACAAGCUUAAGGUACCAAAUAAUUAGACUUUAACUAAGUCAAUUAUUUUGAUAUGAAGUUUUAAUAAUAUACCUUAGUUAGUAAGGAAAAAAGAUAUGAAUGGAAAAUUUUUAUGUGGUGAGCGUUGCUAGCAGUUGCAAAUACCGUCCUCAGUUGAAUGCAAUACAUAUACAGAUACGUUUUUGUUCGCCUCUUGUCGUGCGUGCGAUCUAUAUACAUAUGUAUCUGCGAAAUUUGAAUGAAAAUUCACAUACGCAUAUCAAAAGUUUUGUGUUAUUGUGUAAUCGCGUAAAAUUCUAACAAGUAGCCAAAAAGAUAUAAAAAUAUAAGGCAAAGCAUGACCGAACAACAAAUUUAAAGUCUAAAGCAAGCGUAAGGACCCAUACAAACGCUAUGUUGAAAACUGCUGAUAAAUGAAAUAAAUAGCGCGUCAAAAACAGCAAAAUCAAAAACGUCAUUAAUUAACAAAUAAUCAAUUCGGUGGCUAAAACGUUGUACCCCGCUAUAUAAUCACCCAAAUCAACUCCCUUGGAUAUUACGCGGUCACCAAUCAGUUAACUAAAAAGCGACUAAUGGCGUUAAGUUACUAAUUGAAUCGUGCUCUGAUUGUUAGUAUUGAAGUGUAGUUUACACUCUUCUCCAACCCCAAAUUUGCUUUUGAAUUAAAUAGCUUAAAUUGACUGUGCGCUGCGCAUUGAUUUUUCUUUGCAUUUUUGAAUUUGACCGGCAAAAUUCCACCAGAACCAAUGGCUAAGGACGAGGAAGAGGAUGAUGUUUUGCCCGAUAAGGAUGCGGCUAAGGGCUUUUAUGCAAAAUAUGAACCUAAAGAGAUAUUGGGAAGAGGCAUCAGUUCCACAGUACGACGCUGCAUUGAAAAGGAGACCGGCAUCGAGUUUGCCGCCAAAAUCAUCGAUCUUGGCGCCGCAACAGAAGCUGGUGAUACCAAUCCAUAUCAUAUGCUCGAAGCCACAAGACAGGAAAUUUCAAUACUCAGACAAGUUAUGGGGCAUCCCUAUAUAAUUGAUCUACAAGAUGUCUUCGAAUCGGACGCUUUCGUCUUUUUAGUAUUUGAAUUGUGUCCGAAAGGUGAACUUUUCGAUUACCUCACCUCGGUUGUAACGUUGUCGGAGAAGAAGACACGCACCAUAAUGCGACAAAUAUUUGAGGGUGUCGAAUAUAUACAUGCAAAGAAUAUUGUACAUCGAGAUUUGAAACCCGAAAAUAUUCUACUCGAUGAGAAUCAUAAUGUUAAAAUAACAGAUUUCGGCUUUGCGCGACAACUGAAGGGCGACGAGAAGUUGACAGACCUCUGCGGCACACCUGGCUAUUUGGCGCCGGAAACAUUGAAAUGUAAUAUGUUCGAAGGCUCGCCUGGAUAUUCAAAAGAAGUUGAUAUUUGGGCAUGCGGCGUCAUUAUGUUCACAUUACUUGUUGGCUGUCCACCGUUUUGGCAUCGCAAACAAAUGGUCAUGUUGCGCAACAUAAUGGAGGGCAAAUACAGCUUCACCUCACCCGAAUGGGCUGAUAUAUCAGAGGAUCCAAAGGAUCUCAUACGCAAAUGUCUAGUCGUCGAUCCAGCGAAACGAAUCACAGUGAAAGAAGUAUUAAAGCAUCCGUUCUUCAAUCAGAUGGUUUUAUGCUCCGAACCGUCCACUGAUGGCCGCACCACUUAUCAGCUGAAAUCGCAAAAUCUACGCAACUCGCCUAGCAGUGGCGCGCAGUUGUAUUACAAUCCUAAUAUCAUUAAAACACAGACGAACUAUAGUUACAACAAAUUACCGUCAACGUAUGCCAGCAAUAAUAUUAGCAAUAACAACAAUCGCAAGAGUAUGACAAACUUGUACUUAAACAAACAAGCGAGUAAUCAAAGCAAUAAUAGCAAUAACACCUAUACUACAAACGCAACUACUUCCCCGAGUACGACGUUCCCUCAGGCGUACAAUAACAAUUACAAUCAACGCAAUUAUCAAAGUAAUGGUAAUGCGUUUGACAACACUACGGCUGGUCCGACUACAUUCCUCUCUACAAAUCAAAAUAAUAACAGUAUUGGCAAUGCAACGCCGACGCCGACGCUAUUUAUAACGCAAGAGCAGCAGCAACAACAACAGCAGCAACAGUUGCUCUAUCAGCAGCAGCAACAAUUUAUACAAAAACAACAGCAAACAUAUGAACAACAGCUGCGUAAACAAAGUCGCUUUAAUGCACGCAAGAAAUUCCAAUUCGCCAUAUUGGUUAUACGUGCUAUGAUAAGAAUCCGUCGAUUGCGCUACACCGCCGAGCCAUUACGCGUCGAAGAGGCUAUACGCGAUCCAUAUCGGGUCAAGGUGCUGCGUAAGGUGAUUGAUGGCUGCGCUUUCCGCGUUUACGGGCAUUGGGUGAAGAAGGGCGAAGGCCAGAAUCGUGCCGCACUCUUCGAGAACACACCACGCACAGAGUUGCAUGCGCUCUACAUAAACAACUUGAGUCGAUAG